GUCAAGACAGAUGCCAUGACUUCCCUGGGAAGCUAUCGGCAGGUGCUACCUGUGGUCUCGGGGAAAUAUGUCGACCAUUGCUCUCAUUGCUUCAUGCGAUUCGGACGUGAGAACCCCGUCUACGUCUGCAUGGGCAAGGGCUGUGCCGUUGGAAUUAGCACCAUCAAGACCCAAGCCUCAAGAUUCGAAGACCUCACAGAAUUGCAAGCGCUAGGUGUUCAUCAACUUAUGACAGAUCUGCAUGAUUAUUUUAAUUCAGAUGGAGCCAUUUCCGGGGCAGGGCCCUUUGGUGGUUUCCGAAAACAAGAGGAUCUGAUGUCUCUGUCUAGGAUCCUACAGGCUGUUGUCCAGAUUCGGGCCACUGGACAGAGGGUUGCUAUGGAGUUGACUGGAGGUUCGGAAGAGAGUGUGCUUUUUGACCUACAUCUUGACGCUGAGCCCUCAAGGGAGCUUGCGGCAAAGGCCUCCGAGGCCCGUGAGAAGGGUGACGUGGAGAACUUCGAUGUUGAUCUUCCAAUGAAGAAAGAGAUUCUGUCCACCCAGCGUGUCUACCGCUGUCGUUUCCGCGUCGCAGACAUCAAAACCGCCAAAGUUGAAGAGCUGGUGGUUCCUUUCAUCACUUUCUCGGACAUAGAUCGCAAUGGUCCUAUGCAGAUUGAUAUUUGUGACCUAGCCCACACCGCGCAAGAGAGCAUGAAGGCAACUUUCAGACGGGACGACAAGCAUGGUAUUGAUUUCUUCGAUCAUGCCAACAUGAUGAAUGCAGCACACCUCUGCAUCUCUCAAACGCGUGCUGAUAUCAUCUCGAAGGCUUUGGCCAAAGUAGAUGCUGCCGCAAGGGACAGCGAGAACGCACGAACCGCGGAGGAAGCCUUCCGCAAAAAGCUUGCUGUUGAGGGUGCUCAGAACGGAAUCGUGUCACACGAAAGCUUGAAGAAGUCCUUGGAUUUCAUGACUGCCAUGAAUGAAGCGUCUGAGAAGCAUGCUUUCACGGUGAAGGAGCUUGAAGCAGAGACCGCCAAGGCCCAUGCUUACCAG